UUUUGAUUUCUGAUUUUUGAUACUUUUCUUUUACGUGAACGAAUAAUAAAAUAUUUUCGAACCUAUUUUAUGAAUAACUUAUAUUGCAAAAAUGUACAAAAAACCCACAAUACCUAUUAGGGGCAAGGAAAAUCAUACAAAAGCUAGCGAACAUCAGACAGGACAAAAUGCAAAAAGUCAUGUUGGCGGGAGUCAGCGUCCCGGACAAAUGGCUGUGAAAAAGCCCCUAGAUACUGGAAAAUCUACUUUGCAUACAGCGGCUGCUGCUAAACCUAGCGCCUCCUCUCAACGUAGCAUGAUGCCAUUGUCUUCAACUAGAAUUGUGGAUAGUGCUGCAGCAAAAAAGGAGUCGGCGCCAGCACAAACAUCAAAUGCGGCUAAAAUUCAAAAUAAAGAAUCUAGUGCUAAACCACCGAUAAAGGAAGCGCCGGCGAAUAUAGAAAGGAAACUGGAAAAAGAGGCAACUACUUCUGGUGCUAGUAAUAAUAACAAUAAUAAUGAAAAUAAGACUGAACUUAAAAAAGAUGCCAAGAAAAUAUGGUCUCUAAAUAACUUCGACAUUGGACGACCUUUGGGUCGUGGCAAAUUUGGAAAUGUUUAUUUGGCCCGUGAAAAAGAAUCAAAAUUUGUGGUGGCACUUAAAGUACUAUUCAAACAACAAAUCCAUGAAUCCAAUGUAGAACAUCAAGUAAGACGUGAAAUUGAAAUCCAGUCACAUUUACGUCAUCCUCAUAUACUUCGACUCUACGGCUAUUUUCAUGACGAUGCACGCAUUUAUUUGAUUUUGGAGUAUGCACCCAAAGGUACACUCUUUAAAGAGCUGCAAUCUCAGCCUUUGAAACGUUUCGAUGAACGACAUUCAGCGAUUUAUAUAAAAUCGUUGGCUUCGGCUCUACUGUAUCUACAUGAACGUGAUGUCAUACAUCGUGAUAUUAAACCGGAAAAUUUGUUGUUGGGCCAUAAGGGCGACUUGAAAAUUGCCGAUUUUGGUUGGUCGGUUCAUGAGCCCAACUCUAUGCGCACAACACUGUGUGGUACUUUGGAUUAUUUGCCACCCGAAAUGGUACAAGGUAAGCCGCACACAAAAAACGUGGAUCUUUGGAGUUUGGGUGUGUUGUGCUAUGAGUUGCUGGUGGGAAGGGCUCCAUUUUUGGCCACAGAUUAUGAUGACACGUAUAAGAAAAUAAUUAAAGUGGAUUAUAAAUUGCCGGAUCAUGUUACAAAGGCUGCGGCACAUUUCAUAUCAAAAUUAUUAGUUUUAAAUCCACAACAUCGUUUACCCCUGGAUCAGGUGCUCAUGCAUCCCUGGAUUAUAGCUCAUACCCAAUAAGCACUGAUUUGAAACACACCCUUAUAUUUUUGCUGCAGUUUUAUAUGUUCUUUUUUUACUUUAUAUUUAUCUCAUUUAACUUAUUAACUAUUCUUGCUUUUGUGUUUAGUUCUAUUAAUUUCUUAUGCUUCAUGUGUGCUUCAUGUUUUUUGCUCUUGUUUAUUAUUUUAAAUAGAAAUUUUAUUGCAUGAAAGUUAUCGAAUUUUUUUGGGAGCAAAUGAUAAAUGAAAAUCCCAAAUGGUUUGAUAUGUGCUUUUUAUAAAACAAAAAUCGUUUUAAGCAUUCUUUUUUAUUACUUCUUUUCAUUUAUAGAAUUUUUAUUUAAUUUCAUUGUAAUUUUUAAAAAAAUAAACAAAAAUUUUAAUACAAAUGAUUAUAAAUUUUUA